AUGAGUGAUGAAAAAUCUAAACCCACCUCAGUGCUGCAGCAUAUAGAAUCGACACUAUAUGUGAUCAACCAGUUGUGCAUAGGAUUCGUUACCAUUUGGGUUAGCUGGACUUGCUUGCGCCAGGACCUGUCGGGCAUCCGUUUGCAUGCCUGGCUGGUGACCUUUGGCUUUGUUUUCCUGAUGGCCGAGGGAAUGAUGUGCUUCUACGAUGGCAGUUGGCUAACACUUCGCUAUUCUCGAAAAUAUAAGACUGCCUUUCAUGUUGUCCUCCAGAUUCUAGGAGGUGGCAUGGGUGUUGCCGGCUGUCUCAUUCAGUUAAUACGUGAUGAUUGGUCAAUAAGUGUUACACUACAUGCCCGCUUGGGUUUUGCCGCCUUCAUUCUAUGCCUGAUCUCAUUGCUUAGUGGUCUGGUUGCCUUCUUGGCGAGACCCUUCAGCAGGGCCGUCUCACCGCUGAUCAACAAGACGUUCCAUGUGGUUCUCAGCUUCGCCGCAUUCGUAAUCGCCAUGAUGGCUCAGUUUUAUGGAUACACACAAACUGGGAUUUUCAGUGGUCAAGGAGAGGACUUUGUUAUCCUUAUGCAGGUCGUGACUAUGGUCUUAAUGGUUUUAACCAGCAUUGGAGCCAUGAAGUCUCUCUACCAGAAAUUUGGUAGCUUGGCUAGUUAGAUACUGUGGACGGUAGUUCCUUAAUCCUGUACAAAAUUUUAUAUUAUUUAACG